CUUUAAAAAGUAUUUUUAAAAUCCUAUUAUUAGCAUUUUACAAAAGAUCUUAUUGUACUCCACAAACGAAAGUACGAUCGUUGUGAACUAUAUAUGUCUUCAAAACCAAACUCUAUCAAUGAACACAGCUGAAUAAAUAUUAAACCGAAAACUGUUGAACCGGACCAGCCGGGGAAAAUUAAAUACCGGUUUAUUGAAGUUUUCAAGAGGCGAAAAAUUCUGAGUCCAAAGACCACACUUUUCUCCUCACUCUUCUGCUACAGUCUCGUUCUCUCUCUGUAUACAAUCUGCUAAAUAUAGAUGAUGAUCAUUCUCCGAAAAAUCCUGUCUCCUACUCUCUCUCCUCUCUGUUGUUACUACUAUAAAUCAUUACCAACACAGAAGUCUCUGAGAUUGAUCUUCUUCUUCCAAAAAUGGCGUUCAUGAGACUUGGCUCCAAAUCUGAAGCUUUCCACCGCGAAGGCCAAACCUGGCUUUGCACAACAGGACUCGUGAGUGAUGUUACCAUUGAAGUUGGAGACAUGAAGUUUCAUCUUCACAAGUUUCCACUGCUCUCUAGAAGUGGGCUUCUCGAGAGGCUAAUCGAAGAGUCUUCAACAGAAGACGGACCAUCCUGUGUUCUGACUCUAGACGAGAUACCAGGAGGCGGCAAAACAUUCGAACUCAUAACAAAAUUCUGCUACGGUGUCAAAAUCGAGCUAACCGCAUUCAACGUCGUCACCCUCAGAUGCGCAGCUGAGUAUCUCGAGAUGACUGAUAACUACGGAGAAGGGAAUCUUGUCGCUAUGACAGAGACUUUCCUCAACGAAGUCUUUAACAACUGGACUGACUCCAUCAAAGCUCUUCAAACCUGUGAGGAAGUCACUGAACACGCUGAAGAUCUCAACAUCAUCUCAAGGUGUGUUGAUUCUUUAGCUAGUAAGGCCUGUGCUGAUCCAAGCCUGUUUAAUUAUCCCAUUGGAGAAAGAAAGAAGAAGAAUGAAGAUGAGACGAAUCUUUGGAACGGAAUCUCAUUGCUGCAACCAAACGGUGAAGAUUGGUGGUUCGAUGAUGCUUCUUUCCUUACCUUACCUCUCUUCAAAAGACUCAUUAACGCUAUUAUAUCACGAGGUAUGAAGCUAGAGAACAUAGCAAUGGCUGUUAUGUAUUAUACAAGGAAACAUGUUCCUCUGAUGAACAGACAAGUGAGCGUAGAUGAGCAAGUGAUUGAGACUCCGAGUUCUUCUGAAGCCGAACAAAGGGAUGCUCUGGAAGAGAUUGUCACGUUGCUUCCGAGAAAGAAAGGUGUAAACCCGACUAAGUUUCUCCUCAGGCUGCUUCAGACAGCGAUGUUGCUUCACACAAGCCAAUCCUGUAGAGAGGAUCUUGAGACAAGGAUUGGUAAUCAGUUGGACCAAGCUGCUCUAGUGGAUCUUCUUAUACCAAACAUGGGAUACUCUGAAACACUUUAUGAUGUUGAAUGCGUCUUGAGAAUGAUCGAACAGUUUGUCUCUUCAACAGAACAAGCAGGCAUUGAAGAGGAAGGAGACGAUUUGCUUACUCCUUCAACAUUAGUAGCAACUCUUGUUGACGGUUAUCUCGCUGAGGUGGCACCUGAUGUUAACUUAAAGCUGUCCAAGUUCGAAGCCAUCGCUGCUGCAAUACCUGAUUACGCAAGACCAUUAGAUGAUGGAGUUUAUCACGCAAUAGACGUGUACUUGAAGGCACAUGCGUGGAUUACGGAUUCAGAGAGAGAGCAGAUAUGUAGACUCAUGAACUGCCAGAAGCUCUCGUUGGAAGCUAGCACACAUGCGGCUCAGAACGAGAGGCUGCCUCUUCGUGUGAUUGUUCAGGUUCUGUUUUUCGAGCAGCUUAGGCUUAGGACAUCUAUAUCAGGCUGGUUCUUUGUCUCUGAGAAUCUAGACAACCCUGAGAACCAAAGUGGAGGCAAUAAUGGUGGCUGUUUGUUAAAACCUAGAGGUGAGAACGUGAGAGAAAAGGUUUCUGAGCUGGAGAAAGAGUGUAUGAACAUGAAACAAGAGCUGCAGAAGCUGGUGAGGUCCAAGAGAAGCUGGAAGAAUUUUACAAGGAAGCUUAACUUCAAGAAGAAACCAGAAUGCUUCAACCCCAAGGAUCAAGCAAAGCCAGUGAUUUAG